UUGCUGGAGGGAUUGCUGAUACCGGAUGAUAACGAUGAUGUAUAUGUAUUCAACAGGACUACCUUUGGUCCCUUAUUACUCGAUACCAUCAUCUUAUGUACACGUAACUCCUCGGUGUACUGGACAGACUUCUUAUCAGCACCUUUCUCCCACCAUCACACGUGAGGAUUUGCUUCCAAGUGGCUACAAGAGCUUAAACUGUCCCACGGGCAUACUUGCCGAUCCUCAAGAACAAGCACCAGCGACUGACGGGACGGACUACGGAGUCGAGCGCGCAACCGCCGGUCGAGGGCUGCCGGUCGACGGCUGCUUAUCACCGGCCGGUAGAGGAGCGGAGAAAAAGGCAGGCUGUGAUCGGCCCUCCUCGGCCCAGGGCAAUAAGCAACUCAAAUUCGGCAUCGACACGAUUCUUGGAAACCAUGGGUCUCCUGCAUCAGAGAGAACAGAGAAAAGGAAAGCUGUUGAAACAAUCGAGCCACUACCCCGAUACCCAGCCAGUAUUAUUAGCGUGACAGGAACUGAGAGAUAUAUCAACGAUCUCAAUGGCCACGCCGUCACCGGCAACGGCUGGUCGCAGAGCAGACGUGACGUGGACGGCAUCCCGGGCUACACCGGGCAGGGCCGGACCGGUAAUCACACGGGCACUCAGCUGCAACAACUACCGUCCAAAUUCAGUCCUGUGACCGACUAUUGCCAGGGCUGUUAUCAAGACAAAUCUGCACUGGCUCAGCACAGAUGUGAGCCAUGGUCUUACGUUCCAUACACCUACCGCCUAGAUCCCAACCUGCCGUACUCCACCAAGGAGCCCCACCCGUCGCAUCAGCUAACCCACCCACAUCAGCAAGCACACACAGCGCCUAACACCAGGCUUGCCGGGCGGAGGAAACGAAGCUGGUCACGGGCAGUCUUUACCAGUCUACAGCGCAAGGGACUGGAGAAACGAUUCGAGAUGCAGAAAUACGUCAAUAAGCCCGAUCGGAGACAGCUGGCUGCGGCUCUGGGUUUGACCGACGCCCAGGUGAAAGUUUGGUUUCAAAAUCGGCGGAUGAAAUGGCGGCACUUCCAGCGCAUGCAGAAACAGCAGCAGCAGGCCGCUGACACGUCUUCAGCGGGAGCCUCGACGCGCCUGACCGAUGACUGCAGCGGCACGGACGAGGAGGACCCUACCGAGAAACGCGGCGUGCUCCCCGUAGGCAACAAGGACGAAAUGAAAGAUCGAGAUCGAUUUAGCAUGGACAACCGUGGUAUUGUAAAGGACGCCCGCUCCUGGUUGCCUGAGUGAUUGUUUGCGUAUAUAAAGUAGCCUAUAGGCGGCUUUACAUGAAAUCCAUGAUACGGGGAUAUUAUGCAACAUAUUGGAUGCAGAAUAAAACAAAUCUUACUCUGUUUGUGCAGACAAUACUGGCAAAUCUCACGAUUAUUAUAAAUCACCAUGUGCUACAAGUUCCUAGCUACGCCAAAAAUGCAUAAAACAAAUUGCCG